UCCUUCCUCCCCUGCACAUCUCAGCCUCCUCAUCCAUCCAUCCAUCCCCAGGGAUGAGCAGCACUGUGGCCAGCCCGAUGUCAGCGGUUGCCUCUUCAAGCAGUGGAAGAAAAUCAACAAGUUUUACACCUGAAUUGCAGAGUAUGAUGUUUUCCCUGGGAGAUGCUCGCAGGCCGCUCCAUGAAACCGCAAUUCUGGUGGAAGACAUUGUCCACACUCAGCUGAUAAAUUUGUUGCAGCAAGCAGCUGAAGUUUCUCAGAUGAGAGGAGCUCGAGUCAUCUCUGCUGAAGAUCUCCUGUUCUUAAUGCGCAAAGAUAAGAAGAAGCUUCGAAGGCUACUUAAAUACAUGUUUUUUCGAGACUACAAAUCUAAAAUUGUCAAAGGAAUAGAAGAAGAUGACCUCCUCGAAGACAAAUUCAACAGCAAUAACACCAACAAGCGGCAGAAGCUGGCCCAAGACUUUCUCAACUCCAUUGACCAGACUGGAGAGCUCUUGGCCAUGUUUGAAGAUGAUGAGAUUGAUGAUGUCAAGCAAGAGAGAAUGGAGAGAGCAGAAAGACAAACACGAACCAUGGACUCAGUCCAGUAUGCAGAAUUCUGUGAAAGUCGGCAACUGAGUUUUUCAAAGAAAGCAUCCAAGUUCCGUGACUGGCUGGACUGUAGCAGUAUGGAAAUAAAGCCAAAUGCAGUUGCAAUGGAGAUUUUGGCAUAUUUAGCAUAUGAGACUGUGGCCCAGCUGGUGGACUUGGCCCUUUUGGUUAAACAGGACAUGACUCCCAAAGCUGGUGACCCAUUCAGUCAUGCCAUAUCUGCCACUUUCAUACAGUACCACAACUCUACUGAGCCACAUCUCCUAGGGCAGUCUACGAGUGUGAAGAGCAGUCUUGACUCCCCUGAGAACACACCACCCCCUACACCCACCCCGCCAGCAUCAGCAGGGCAGCAGCACCUUGGGAAAACCUCCUCAGGAGCCUUGGGGAAUGGUGGAAUUGGACAGGACUCCACUAAAUCCAAACAAAGGAAAAGAAAGAAGAGCACUGCAGCCUGUGGGAUGGAGGCUCAAAGUGAUGCCAUCCAGCCCAGCCACAUCAGAGAGGCCAUUCGACGCUACGGCCACAAGAUUGGCCCCCUUUCCCCAUUCACACAAGGCAUGGCGAAAGAUCUUGGCUUCUUGACAUCAAUAACUUUGCUUCAACUCCACUUGGAACUGUUUGGGCAGCCUUUCAAAAAUAAAAAGAGUGCCUACCGCAGGAACGGGAUGACUUUUCUCGCCUGCUGAUGUGGAUGUGGCUGCAGCAACAGGAAAGACAGUAUUAUAUUAAGGUGAUUUUCUUUUCCCCUCCAUGGAAGGAAAAAAAAUACAAGCUCCAAUGUCUCCAUGUACCAGUGAGUGGGCUGGUUUGUUGUGACUAUCUGCUGGCUGUCUCUGUCUCUUUUUCCAGCCCCCUCAAUCGUUAUUCUUGUUUACUAGCUGGAACAUUUAGCUAAUUAAUGGCAGGAUGUUUGGGAUAGGGUGUAGGUGGACAAGAAUGCAGUUCAGACAAUGCUGAAGUUUGCAGGGGACUUUCUGACUGCCAUGUCAUUUUUAUUUAAGUGUCUGAAAGUCUGUAUGUUCUCCAAAAGAUGUUUUUUGUAAAGCAGGAUGGGGCAGGAAGAGGCCCGAGAUAGAUGAGGUUGUGUUAGUUUAUUAGGUUGUAUAAAGGUUACGUAGUUUUCUUUGCAGUUUUAACAUAAAGAAAACUAUUUCCCCUCUAUUUUCUACUAAUUUCCACUUGUUUCUCUCAAUUAAUAUAAGUGUUCACAGAGUGUAACUCAGUUUAAUACAGUGAGGGGAUUUUGAUGACAGCCAUACCAAGUUUGGAUGCAAGGAUAGUCAGAAAAGUUCAGGUAAACCAAACUUGACCAGUUAAGAGACUUGGCGUUUUGCAGACCCAAAGAUGGGCUAAGUGCUCACACCCAAAUUUUCAAUAUUGGCAUCUCCUAAGGUUUGAGCCAUCAUUGUCCAAAAUCAAAGAAAGCCUUUGCAGUGACUUGGCACUGGAUUGGACCCCUAUUUGGAAAAAUACAGCCUGAAGUGUUUCAAUAACUGUGUCUGUCUCAGUGGUUCUAGGCAAGGACUUAACGCUGUGUACUUGCUCAGCGUUUGCUGCAGGAAGCAGAUGUUGUCCCUGUUGUUGACAAAGGCAGCAUUACUGUUGGAUUUGGUUGAAGAAGAAACCAACUCUUUUUGCCUUUUUUUAUAUUUUAGCUAAAGUUGUUUGUUUUCAAGAUUUUUUUUUUUUUAAAUCUCAGUCACUGCCUCUAUGCUUGUUCCCGUCCCUUUGCUCCUCCAGCCUUUGCUGGCCUCACAAACACAUUCAUUUCUUCCCAUAAAAACUGUACAAAUAUAGAGCUAACCACGAUGAUGCUUGAGCAGAGAAAAGGGCUCCUGCUUCACCAGGAUCUGCUGGCACGUCCUGCUGGUGUCCCUGUGGUACCCACAGGUCAGGGGUCUUCUUCAGCUGCCCUGAGAUCAACCUUGGAAUUCAACUUAAGCCUCAAGUUAAUCUAGAGCACCCAAGGGAUCAAGAGGAGAACAGAAAAGUAUUUUAUAUAAUGCAGCCAUCCUCCUUUGUGCUUAGUAUGUGAGGUCUUAAUUUUCAGUCCUGCUCUGGACUCUUGUGGUCUUCUGUAGGUGGUUUUGUUAUCCUGCUUUCCUGGACUUACUUGCGAAAACUUUAAAUAUAUGUAUAUUUUUUAAAUAAAUGGAAAAAUGUCUCUUUGCAACCAGAAUAUUGUAAAAGUGAACAUCAUCCGUCCAAUAUUGCUGCCGUUCAUUAAUUGCUUUUCUCUUUUAUCUGCUUAGGCUUCUGUUUUCUGGAAAUUUUCUGUGUGUAAAUGACUAAAAGUAAAGUGUACAAUGUAUUAAACGAGGGCAGGGGGAAGUUUUCUGAUGUUCCAUUUGUGCUUCUUGAAAUAUAUGAUUAAACUUUUCUUUUUAUCAUCACUCUUUAUUUUUGUUGGCA